GUACAGUAACCACGAUGGAAACCGAUAUAAAAUGGCUAUGGAAGAUGACAGAAACGGAAGCAUUCUACGAGACAUACACUAUCAGUUACGAGCUCACUAUCGCCACUCGGGAACCCUUGCUUGAGGAGCACCUUAUCCUGACCCUCACGCAUCUCUUUAGAAAGUUGCCUCUGCUGAGAGUAUGUUACGGACAGCGUGAUGCGGAGAAGUGGUUCAGAGAGAUGAAGGAAAUGAUCCUGGAUUUUGAGGUUGUUUCAGAUACCACAAAGCAAGAAGUACACAAGAGACUGCAGUCAUACCGCUACGACUUGGAGAAAGGGCCUCUGUGGUGUGUUAAGCUUCUGUCAGAACCGCCUUCCUCGCCAGAAAUUCCAACCGGGGUCGACAUGAAACAGUUCUGUCACGUGUACACAUUAUUCCUGGGUCUUUCUUCAUUUCCGAUGAGAAGACCCAUCAAGUAAAGAAGGAGAAAAUGGCAUCCAUGGAAACUGAUGCUGAACUCAGACGCCGGGUGGUGGAAGAAAUUCAGUCUCGUUAUGGACGAUAUUCGUUAGUCAAAUCGACUUACAAAGGAGCAGGGGAGAAGGUGCCAAGGACGGAGGUGUUGGAAAGGACCCUGGAUACGGACUCCACAAUGGCCUUCAUCAAGCGUUGUCGAUCUGAAGGCGUCACUGUCAAUUCGGCCUUUACGGCUCUUUGCUGCAUGGCAACCGUCGACCUCCUGGCUGACGGAGGCCUUGACCAGGACAUGUAUGACAUCCGCAACGAGCACGUCCUUAACGCUCGCCGGUACUGGGAUGGCGACACGUCCCAAUUCCUGGGCUGUCACAUCCUUCCUCUGAUGUCGGUCGACGCUAAGGUGCCGCGAAACACCAACGGAAAAUUCUGGGACUUCGCGAGAUCCGUCCACCAAGAACUCCUGAAGAAAGUGAAUGAAGGGGCGCCUCUGCUCGUCGAAGCCGCGAAGCACUUCAUGCCUGCCAACCCAGAUUUCGAUCCCACUUUUGAGUACGAGUUCUGUGUGAGCAACUUGGGCAACGUGACAGGCCUGGUGACGGAAGGAGGCGACCACGUUCAGGCCCUUCACGUCAUCAGAACCGUUGCCCUGCAUGCCGUCCCCUGCACCUGGAGCCUCCUCGUCCACACCUUCCGGGGGCAGCUGAUCCUGGCUCUCAUAUGCAACAUGUCGACCGUUAAUUCGCAAAUGGCGAAGAAAUUCUGUGACGGGAUCUUCGAUCGCCUCAAGGAAGUUUAUAUCACUGACACAAGGAAUUUCCACAAAUAUGAAACGGGAAAGGAAACACAUGUUGAAAGAAACAUCAACUUUUACUUGCAUAUUCAGUUGUGGGUCUUACAGUUUGUUUUAUCAGACCUUCUGACAACCUCCUCCUAA